UCCCAGUGGUGUCCCCAUGUCACCCUGCACGGACCAGGCACCUUUGUACCAGGUGCCCCCCGUACUACCCAGUCUGGCCACACACCACCAAGCUCCUAACCAUUAACCAGAGCCACCUCCCCCAGUUGUCCAAUGAGCCACAUUGACCCAUGGCCACCACCCAAAUUCCAGCUCCUGGCCCGGCCAUGGCGGCAGUUGGCACCUCAGGAGAUGCCAGUGGCUCCCCCCCAGCUCUGCUGAACCCCAGGAGAUGGCACCCACCCCUGUCCCCACUGCAGACUCUGCUGGAGCAGGCCACCACCAUCGAGGAGGAGCUGGCCCAGGGCCAGGACAAGCCCUUCACUGAGGUCAUCUGCUGCUAUUCUGGGGACGCAGCUGCCACCGGCCACCAGCCCCUCACCAUCCUCCAGCAGGUGGCUGCCAUCUGUGCCUACCCCACGCUGCUGGGUGCUGAGGACAUGCCAAGGGAGGCCAAGCGCCGUGCAGGCCAGAUCCUGCAGCACCUGCAGGGUGGUAGCCCAGGAGCCUACAAUCUGGAGUAUGUCACCGACAGGGUGGCCCCAACAGUGGCACAGUACCUGGCACGGAGGGAUGGAGGCGUCCCCAGCGACCCCUGCUGCAUCUUCCCCUGCAGUGGCACCGCGGCUGCCCUGGUGGACACCAUGUCACUGUUGGUGGAUGUGACCUCAGCGUGUCCCACCGGGGUGCUGGUGCCAGUGCCAGGUCCCCCAGUCCAUGCCAGGGCCGCGGGGCUGGCAGGGGCGGUGGCCGUGCCCUACCCACUGGCCGAGGAGCAGGGCUGGGCUGUGGACGUGGGCAUGGUGAGGCAGGAGCUGCGGCGGGCACGGGCCAGGUGCCACCCCAAGGUGCUCUGCGUGGUCAACCCUGGGGACCCCACAGGGCAUGUGCUGAGCCGGCAGAACAUGGUGGACAUCAUCCAGCUGGUGGCCGAGGAGAAGCUCCUGCUGCUGGCAGAUGAGACGGAGCAGGACCGAGCCUUCGAUCCCGACCGCCCCUUCGUGUCGUUCAAGAGGGUGCUGUGGGAGAUGGGUGCCCCCUUCUCCUCCACCAUCCAGAUCAUCUCCUUCUACUCCCUCUCCAAGGCACUUGGGGGAGGUGGUUUCCGAGCAGGUUUCUUCGAGCUGGUGAACAUUGACCCAAGUGUCCUCAAGGGCUUCUACACCUGGGGGCUGUCUGUCUACCCCUGCAUCGUGGGCCAGGUGAUGCUGGAGACAGCCCUGGACCUUCCACUGCCCACCGAGGCUUCCUACCCUGACUGGGAGGAGUCCCCAUUCAUCCAUUCCUUCCCAUCCCAUUUAUCUCACCUUCAUCCUCAUCUCAUUUCACCCAGUUCCCCUCAGCAGCGGCAGAGGCUGUGCCAUCACCUGGCCCAGCAGUGGCAGCUGCUGCAGGAGGUGCUGGCCCAAGGGUCCCUCCGCUGCCAGCCCGGCCAGGGCGGUGCCCGCGCCUGCCCCCGGCUCCGGCUGCCGCCCCGCGCCCUGCGCCAGGCCCAGGAGCUGGGCCUGGAGCCCGAUGUCUUCUUCUGCCAGCAGCUGCUGGAGGCCACCGGGGUGCUGCUGGCCCCGGGGAGCGAGUUCGGGCAGCCCGAGGGCACCCAGCACGUGGUGGUGUCACUGCUGCCAUCGGCCACCACGCUGGUGCAGGUUCUUCUGGCCCUCACCCACUUCUAUGCCACCUUCAUCCAAGACUUCUCCUGAGGAGGGGGUGAGCCACCCCAGCCCUGUGUCACCCCUCAGUCCUAUUAAAGCCUGUAGAUGCCACCAUGCCCCUUGAUGGAUCCAUGUCACAAGUCUG